CAUUGGCAGGAGGUUUUGGCUCGAGAGGCGAGUAAACAUCUGAUGACGGUGAAGUAUUUUGGUUUCAUUAUUUCAUCCAUUCCAGGCUUUCAAUUUUUCGAAAUAUUUCCACUUUCCAACAACUCAAGGCCUUUCGCUACUACUAGUCGUCAUCGUUGUCAGUUGUGAACUAGUGUUUACAGAGUUCGGCAGUAUUCAAUAAUUGAAUUUCAAUUAAUACUAUAGAAUUGACCUUGAAAAGCCAUUAGGGGUUUAUGUUUAUUGUUUUCCAUCAUUACUAUAUUGGCGGAGACCAAAUAUCGGUACUAUUUGAAAACGUUUGGUAGUAUCAACUCUGAGCCGGCGUUGUCUACUGCUUGGUUUAAUUAAAAAAGAAUCGACUGAAAUCAAACCCCUAGGAAAGAUGCUUCGGUGCCAUUAUAUCGCAGGUGUGUUCAUAUUGUUGGAACUUAGUUGUUGGGGCCAGAUAACGUCUGCAGUAGCAACGUCAUCAGUUGAAAGCUUUUCACACAAUAACGAUGUUGACCAAUUCACGUUGAUCAAUCGGCGGAUUCGUGAAAGUGGGACCAAGCAAGACGACAGUGGAUCAGCGAGCACAAAUUCAACCAUCAAUGUCAAACCGUCGACGGAACCCCCACGUGAAGGUGUUAUGAUUAUCAAGGCAAAACCACCAGAUGUUAAUUAUACCAAGAAGGCUCCAAUUCCCUAUGAAGCAUAUGACAAUGAGUCAGAUGAGAACACUCCCGGAUACCCCUCUGGUCAACCAAAGUUUGAUGAAAAAGCGAUCCAGCGAGCCCUUAUUGUCGUUGCUGUUCUCGCUUUCAUUCUUCUUGGCUAUCUCGGGGCAAAAUUUAUGUUAACGAAGAAAAGGAAAGUGGACAAAAGAUAUGGCCGCAUUGAAUCUGAGAUUGAUCUCCUUGAAGAAAUGGAAACUGCGGAAUCCGACGAAGAAGAAGAAUUAUUUGAUGUCAACAUGACACGAAGAUCUAACUUUUGAUAUGUGAUUAAGGGAUGAUGCAAUCCAGUGAUGAAUAUAAAAUUCCAGAGUAUGUCGCAACUCUCCUGAAAUUACAAUUAAUUACAUAUUCAAAUUAAUGAAAUUUAGCUCAACUCGUUUUUGCGAGUGGAUUAUCACAAGUUACUAUCGAGGAAUGUAUGCAUAUAGUAACCUAGUCUUUUUUAUUGUCAAUAAUAGUGCUGAAUAUAUAUAGUACUUGAAAAAAUUGAAAUUCUCAUAUAAUAAGUGGUAGCGGUUCUAU